CCCAAGAUCCGAGACCAUGAGAAGUUUUACUUCGAUGACGGCACGAUUAUCUUGUCUGUGCAAGGAGUCCAUUUCCGGUUGCAUACAGGGAUCCUCGCUAUGCAUUCGCCCGUCUUCACGGACAUGACUACUCUUGGUUCUGCCUCCUAUCAAGGAGGCGCCAUCGGAGGGAACCUCGACCCGUGUCCCAUUGUUGAGAUGCAAGACUCCAUCCACGACUGGCGUCACGUUCUGCGCGUCAUCUAUAACAUCAAACCAUUGACGAGGUGCGCAUGCUCCUUUUCUGGAAGUAUCGGGGACGAAACCUACCGUCCCACCUUCGACGAAUUGUCCGCUUACGUCCGUCUUGGCCACAAGUACCAGAUGGACGCCUUUUACGAACCCGCGAUGGAUUAUCUAGAGCGUUUCUUCUCUCCCACCCUCGACCGCUGGAACAAGUGGAGCUCUCGGGACGAACUGUACACGCUCCCCGGAUGCGCCCCCGAGAGCGCCAUCGGGAUCGUCAACCUCGCUCGGCUGACCGGAAAGGAGUCGCUCGUUCCCCUCGCCUUGCUGUCUUGCUGUCAGCUGGGCGGGAAGCUGUUGAAGGGCCUCGCUCGCCCGGACGGGACCUACGAGACGCUGUCCACGGAAGACUUCGAGCGCUGCUUCAACGCCAUGCCCAGGCUGACCUCCCACGGGAUUGAGUGGAUGCAAGUCCUGACCAGCACUCGAUUUGAAGGUCCAUGCCCAAAUAUAUCUGACCCGCGCCACCUCACUCGCGACGAAAAUUUCUACUAUCACGACGGGACAAUCAUUCUUGUCGUGAACAGUGUCGAGUUCCGCGUCCACGCCGGAAUCCUGUGUCAGAAUUCUCCAGUAUUCAAGGACAUGCUCUCUUUGGGCGUGUCUUCCACGGCAUCAUUGGACGGAUCCACGAACAGCGAAGAUGCUUCGUGCCCCGUCGUCGAGCUACACGACUCUGCGCGCGACUGGAGACAUGUUUUGAGCGUUCUCUACGACUCGAGCCCCCUAAAUCGAUCCCAUCAAAACCGCGGCGAGAAAGACUGGCAUCGAAACUUCAACGCAGUCUCCGCCUACGUCCGCCUUGGGCACAAGUACCAGAUGUCUGGGUUCUACGACCCCGCCAUGGAGUACCUCGAGACAUGGUACAACCCGAGAUUCGCCCACUGGAAGGCCGUCAAUUGUAUUUUUCUGAACGUCCCCCGUGGCUGGGACGAGACGUGCGCGAUCGGGGUGGUCAACAUCGCACGGCUGACGGGAAAGGCCUCCAUUCUUCCUUACGCGCUUCUAAGCUGCUGCCAGAUAGGUUCAGAGCUCCUCAAGGGACUUCGAUACGACGACGGGGAGCGCGAAACACUGUCGAUGGAGGAUUUGGUCAUCUGCCUUGCCGCCGGACGCCGCCUGGUUCACCGGGGAGCCGAAGUGCUUCUCAGCCUGAUCUAUGAUCAGCCGGACGAGCCGUGCCAAAGAGGGCAGGCGGAGACCGAAGGAGAUCCCUGUAUCCGAGGGCUCAGAUCGUUGUUGUCCGACCGCAUUGACGACGCAUCUUUCGGAGACCAAGACGCGCCUAGCCCUUUCGUGCUCCUAUGCCUGGACAGUUUUUGCGACGUAUGCUCGACGGUGGUAGAGGCGCAGUGCGACGCGUUCAACCUUGAGACGCUCUCGAAACUACCGUCGUUCUUCAAGAUCGGGGUCACUGGAGGGUGA